AUGCCAUUCGCCAAAAGGAUUGUGGAGCCGCCGCUUCUGUGCAGACACCCGAUCCCCAACGAUGAGGGUCUGCUGUUCGAGGACCUGUGUGCCAUCAGCAAUGUGGUCCUCUCCCGGACCCUGCGACAGCUGUCCGACCUGGCCCGGCAUGCCUGCUCCUUAUUCCAGGAGCUGGAGAACGACAUCCUAACCACCAACCAGCGGGUCUGGAUCCUCCAGAACAAAAUAGGCCUGAUUCAGCAGACUUCCAGUGCCCUAGACCCCAAAAAGGAGGCAGCAGGCGGGCAGGAGCGCGAGCGGAGCGGCGCGGAGGGGCGUGUGUUGCCGCUGCAUUGGCUCAGCAUCACUGCGGGUAGCGCACACCUGAAGCAUGUUCAGCCGGAGCUCUCCAGCGCGCAGAGGUCGCCUCUUUCCGAUAUCGGCAUCGAAAAAACAAAAGCUUGGCACGACCUCAGUGGUGAUUUUAGCACAGUUCCGAGUUUCCAAGUCAAUGUUGCAGGCCUGCUUAAUAAACUGGGGCUGAACGCACUCCUCUCGUCGCACAAGGUUCCCGCCGAUUGUUCAGGGAAGAGUGACCCGAUGCCUGACAACAGCAUUGGCAUCACCCAGGGGGAGGGGGAGGGGAGACAGAGGUUGGGUUAUAAGGUGUGA